AAGCCGUCAUAGCAACGGGAUUAUAGUUUUAGCAUUAGCAUAAUAUACAUAGAUUGUUGAUUAUUUUACAUUUCUUAGAACUAAAUAUUUAUCACCAAUAAGAUGGAAUUGAGGAGGAAUGUGGAUAUUUCUCCAAAUUCGGACUGUUUGAAAGGUGUUGUGGCGUGUCAGUGCGAGUUGGGUCGAGAGAAGUUACUCACAGCUCCUCCCUAUAGAUUUGCUUAUAAAAAAAGUGACGACAAAUCGCGUGUAUCAACAGCCCCCUGUGCCAGGCAGCUCGAGCUCUUCAAAUGCCCCACCAGCCAGAUACUCGUCACAUUCAAGUCUCCCUUUCACCUCAACGAAUCUUUCAGCAAGGUUUUCCCAGCGAGCACUCAAGUUAAAUUUGUCAAACGCAAAUUAGCCAAGUUACUUUCCGUGUCAAAUAACAAUCUCAUAUUAACCAAAAACAGAAAUGUACUGAAUGACAGCAGCCCAUUGUCCGACUUAAGGACUGACGCUCUUGGAAAUUUAGUUAUUGAUGUAUUCACAAAAGACUCGGAGGAAUUCCAUCUCUCAUCUAUUCCGGUGGAGUACUACGUCUAUGAUCUCUUGCAAGCAGUUGCCCCAAAAAAGCGAAUGAUACCGUUCAUUGCCAUUAAAUUUAGAGUGCGGAAUCAAAAUGGAAUAUUUACACGAUCGUACCAUUCUAUAAUGAAAGUUCAUGAAGUCAAGAAGAAUCUGGCGGGGCUAUUUCAAACCGAUCCGGAUAACUUGGUACUGUUGAGGGGGGAAAAUCCCCUUGCAGACCGCAUGGCUCUUUUAGACCUAGACUUUGAUAAAUACGGGAUUGUGGAAGUAGAGUUACUUACGAAAAAUAAAGAGGUGUUAAAUUUAGAUAAACUAUACAAAGAAAUGCCGGUCAACGAUAUUUUAUCAGUCAAUGUGCGAUUUGGUAACACUGUAAAGGCAAUCAACGUUGAAAUAUUUUCUUUACCAAUGAAAAAGCCUUAUUUGGGCGGAUAUAAAAAUAUACAUACAGGACAAAUUUAUCAUCAUGCCUACACGCAGACACCGCAAAAACCUGAAAAGCUACCGCCGGAAAAGAAGAAUUGUCGAGAUACACAAACAGCAGAGGAAAAGGAAAAGAUUUAUGACACUAGCUACAGCCGAACAACACAAAUGAACUCAACCCAAGCAUACAUACCGAACGUCACAGACAGAAUCGUGGUGCCGCAGCAUUAUGAGACCUACGAGGAAAUGAAGACGCGCCUGAACCAUGACCAUUACGCCUCCAUCAUCCAGCGGGCUUUCAGGCAUCAUCAGUUUAGGCAGAAGGUGGAACGGUGGCUGAAAGUAUGCAUGGAAAGAAUAGCUCGCAUGAAGGAGGAAGAUCGUUUGGAGCAAGAAGCAAUGGAGAGGCGUUUGCGCCGCGACCUUAUCACCAAGACCUUCCCUAAAACGAGAGAAGACUUCGAUCAACUUUACGCAAUGGUUGACAGAUGGAAACACGCUGAGAUAUCCAGAAUUUCACAACUGCAUUCAAAAGGACCAAAAAUUGCCGAAUUUACACUAUUACUGGAUAAAGAAGUCGAGCUGCUUCGAUGCAUCGAGUCCUAUCGAGUCAAAAUGAAAGAAGACAGCCGAAAGAUCAAAGAGCAGCAGUUUUUAGAAGAAAUAUCCAAACCUAUAGCAUGGUUCGGUAAGGACGACAAGCUUAUAACAAUGGAGACUGUAGAAAUACAAAGGGCUAGAAAACUAAAGGAACUUUACAAUUGCUUUCUACGUGAAGAUAUGGAAAUAAAAGAACGCUUGGAGCUUCUCGUGGAUAUGAAGUAUGCUUUGACUGAGUUUCGCCAUCCUCUGGCCGAAGAAAUCAUCACAUUACUGGACAGAGAAUGCGACCUCGUCGUUAGAAGGUGCGAAGACCAACAGCUCGACUUUCUGAGAAGAAGAAUCGCAGCUAGCGUGUUACAAUUUAUCAAAACAUCUGAGCUGAAUUCUGGGGUGACAAAAUGCAAGGACAUCAGAGAUUACAGGAAGAUGGAAAACACUCGACUACACUACUGCGAGAUGUGCAAUAAAGUGAAACCUUAUUCCGACUUCCCUCUAGACGCAAGAAUGAGUUGGUUCCUGACUUGCAAGUCGUGUUCAUGGAAGGACGCAAACGAGAACCUGUGGAUCGACAUGACGCCGUACAAUUUCAUACUGAGAGCCGUGCAGCGCGACGAGCGGCGCCGCAAGUGCUGGGGCUCGUUGGCGUUCGUUCUUCACGAGAAAGAUAUCUUCUUCAUAGUGGAGAAACUCUGGCAUUCGCAUUCCGCGAUCAGCGAAUGCAGAGACGUGACAGAGUUGAGGCUGUGCCGGUGGAACGUGCACGAGGACUGGUCGCCGUGGAACUGCUUCCUGGUAACAGUGGCAGAGAUGAAGGCGCACCUGCGGCUGGAGCGACCGGAGGAGGUGUACGACGAGGAGCUGGUGCAGAAGGUCGCGAACAAGCACAAGCUGGCGAAGGCCAACUUCAAGCAGAUGACCACCGUCAAUAAGCGCUACACGGAAACGGGCACGUGGCAGGGCGUGCGGGCGCCGGCGGUCGCUCGUGUGCCCGCGGUAGAACCGCUUUAACCUUUUGAAUGACGCAAAGCACGUAGGCUGUCGCGCCGCAGCGUAACGCGUAACGGGCGAUUAUAGGUUGUCAGAAAGUGUAAUGCACAGCAAAGUAGUGGCACGUAGCGUUAAGCCAUGCAUCGACUAGGCGACAAGUGUUCCACGGCAUUGCGCGAUAUCUGCAAAGUUAGAAGUUAAGGGACUGCUUGGCUUGUCUGACAUAUGUUGCCUAGUGAAGCCCAGGCCUAACAGGGUAGGUAAGCAUCCACCAGAGCUGAACGCAGUUGCAGUUUAAAGAUGCAUUCUCAAUGAAGUACGCAACAAAGUGAGAAUAAACGUC